AUGACCGACUCAACCCACCCCAUCCCCUCCACCAUGAAGGCCUGGAUGUACCACAGCGCCGGCGUCGACUUCGAGAAGAAACUGACGCUGGAGACCGCAGCCCGCGCGCCUCCCAGUCUGCGACCGGACCAGCUCCUCAUCCAGGUGCUCUCCGCUUCCAUCAACCCGGCGGAUUUCAAGGUCCCCGAAAUGGGCCUCGUGUCCAAGGUCAUCUUCUCGACGCCCGCCUCGCCAGGCAUGGACUUCUGCGGCCGCGUCGUCGUCACGGGCCCUGCCGUGACGAAAGUCUCACCAGGCCAACUAGUCUACGGUACCACGGCGAAACCCGUCCCCUUUGGCUCGCUGGCCGAGUACAUGGCCGUGGGCGAGCACAACGUCGCUGCGCUGCCGGACGGCGUGGACCCCGACCACGCGGCCACGCUGGGCGUCGCGGGCCUGACGGCCUACCAGGCGGUCGUACCGUACGUGACGAACGGCGACAAGGUCUUCAUCAACGGCGGAUCGGGCGGCUGCGGCAUCUUCGCCAUCCAGUUCGCGAAGCUGCUGGGCUGCCACGUGACAGUGACGUGCUCAGGUCGCAACGCCGACUUCUGUCGGGAGUUGGGCGCCGACGAGGUCAUCGACUACACGACUGAGGAUGUCCUGGCUGUGCUGAAGGCGAAGGGUCAGGUGUUUGCUCACGUUGUGGAUCAUAUCGGUACGCCCGAGGCGCUGUAUCGCGAAUGCGACGCCUUCUUGUUGCCCGGAAAGGCCUUUGUCCAGGUUGGGGCGUCGUCGAUGCUCAUCUUUGUGAAUCGCGUGGCGUGGCCGAGUUUCUUGGGUGGAGGCAAGAGAAAAUACGUUAUCCUUUUGUGCCGUAUGCGACCGGAUGAGCUGGCGCAGAUUGGUGAAUGGGUGCAGCAAGGGAAGGUGAAGGUGGUGGUGGACAGCACCUUUGAGUUCGGGGAUGCGGUGCAGGCGUUUGAGAAGCUUCGUCUGGGCAGGACUAGGGGAAAGAUUGUGGUUCAUGUCUCUGAGAAGGCUUGA